AUGGCAGCAGUACAGAACCGCACCUUUCCAACGCCAGUGAUCUCCAGCAAUCAGCUCAAGGGUAGCUUGCCCAGCGUCACGCUCGAUGGAAACGUCGACUGCGCUGCGAUAGCCACCUCGUGCAUUGCUCGUCUUGAGAACCUACAGCAAAGCGAUCUGAGUGACGAUGCGAUAUGGAGNGAUUCCCUCAGUGUCACUGGACAUCAGCGGACUUUCAACAGCGCAGCAUCCAUAUCUACUGUCUGGAACGAGUUGAAGGCUGAGUACAAGUCUCACGACUUCCGCCUUGUACCCAACACGGCAAGGUUGGGACCUCGACCAACUUGGAUAACUGCUGCUUUUCGGUUUGAGACCGACGGAACCCAUCCUGCUGAAUGCUCAGGCCUGGUGAACAUGGUGCCUGAUGAUAGCGGCGACUAUAAGAUAUGGGUCUUUUGCACAAUUAUCGAGGCUCUCAAGGAUCAAAACGGCUAUGGAAACCCAGACAGCUUCCCCGAUACAAAAUUUGCACCAGCUGCCGAUCUCGUCGAUGGUGAUGAGAUUGAUUGUAUCAUUGUCGGGGGCGGCAUGGCGGGUCUCUGUGCCGCAGGUAGAUUGCAUGCACUACGAGUUCCCUAUCUCGUCGUCGAACGCAAUGCAUCCGUUGGCGAUAACUGGACCAAGCGAUACGACUCCAUACACUUGCACCUCUCCAACAGUUAUAGCGAAAUGCCAUUCCAACGUGUAUAUGCCGACAAGCCAUAUAAUCUCAGCGCUCGAGACUUGGCUGAAGGCAUGCAAAAGUACGUGGACAUGCACAACAUUCAGAUCUGGCUGUCGAGUUCGAUGAAUCAAGCACGCUGGGACGAAGAUACCAAGAGCUGGAAUGUUGUUGUAAGCAAAGAAGGACAACUGCAGAAGCUCAGAGCAAAACACCUCGUUAUGGCCAUCGGAGGCGGCUUGGAUGUGCCCAGAUAUCCUGAGCCCGAGUAUGCCAACCGUGACCAAUACCAGGGUACUUUGCUCCACUCAGUCGACUGGAGAAAUGCAGACGCCUUCGCCGGUAAAAAGGCAAUCAUCAUCGGCGCCGCCAACAGUGCCAUGGAUAUUGCUCAAAACAUGGUCGACAGCAACUUGUCAGAGAUAACCAUUGUGCAGCGCAGCACAACUCACGUCAUCUCAACCACAGUCUUUUAUCCUUUGAUCGAUCCNCUCUACAAUCCCCAAACCGACGUGGGGUUAUCAGACAGAUUGAUGUUGACACCGCCAUACGCAGUGGGUAGACUAUCAACCAUCGCAGGCGCAACAGCUCUACAGUCUCAAGAACAAGAACAACACCGCUAUGACUUUCUCCGAGAAGCAGGAUUCAAAUUGCAUCAAAGCCCAGAUCUGCUCGCCAACCCAAUCGAAAAGUUUGGUGGCCAUAUUCUCGAUCACGGUUCCGUAUCUCCAAUCUUUGAGUCUGGAAAGGUAAAAGUAAAAUCCGGCAUCCUACCCACCUCCUUCACACCCACCGGCCUCCGCUUCCAAGACAAUACAGAGAUAACCGCGGACCUAAUAGUCUAUGCCACGGGCUUUAGAUCCAACCUCCGCGAAAGCGUUGCCAGUGUAGUUGGUGCUGCCACCGCCAGCCACCUCGACGACUUCUUCGGCCUCGAUGCUGAAGGCGAAAUCAGAGGUCUAGCCAAACCAAUCGGUCAUCCAGGGAUCUGGUAUUUCGGCGGCAGUACGGCGAAUGCAAGGUUUUAUUCUCGAGUGCUGGCGUUGCAGAUUAGAGAGGAUGUGAGNGGGAAGCCUUUUGUACCGUAUACUGCAACACCUUGA